AUGCAGAAAAUAGGUAUACAGGGUAAAAUGUUGAAAGCUAUAAGGUCGUUGUAUACUGACGUGAGGUGUGCCGUUAAGAUAAAUAAUUUUACAACUGACUGGUUCAAUGUAGAUAUUGGCUUAAAGCAAGGAUGUCUCUUAUCAACGACCGCCUUUAACAUCUAUAUCAAUGAUCUCAGUAAACAGCUAGAGCACUUAAAUAAAGGUAUAAACGUAGACGGAAGAAUAAUUUGCCAUCUCUUCUAUGCGGACGAUCUAGUACUUAUCGCCGAAAGUGAAGAAGAACUCCAGGGGCUUAUGGAUGUUCUAUCAGGUUGGUGUUCUCGUAACAGGAUGUCAGUAAACAUGGACAAAACUAAAGUGAUGCAUUUCCGUAAUAAUUCUGUAUCAAGAAGUGACUUUGUUUUUAAAUUGAAUGACACAGUUGUAGAUUAUGUCGAGCAGUAUAAAUAUCUCGGAUUAAUGCUGAACGAAACACUAGACUAUUCUAAACCAGCGAAAUAUGUUGCUCAGUCUGCAACCAGAGCUCUUGGUUUGCUAAUUAGUAAAUUCAAACUACUGGGCGGAAUGCCUUUCGACGUUUAUACUGAACUUUACGACACGAUGGUAUGGCCAGUGAUAAGUUACGGAGCUGCAAUCUGGGGGACAAGAGAAUACUCUGCCGUUAAUGCUGUGCAUCAUAGGGCUUGCCGAUUUUACUUGGGAGUUGGGAAGUAUACUUCAAACGCGGCUGUGACAGGGGAUAUGGGGUGGCUUCCUCCCAGUAUUCGUCAAUGGAAGUCUGUGCUUGGGCAUUGGUUCCGGUUAAACCGAAUGGACAAUUCCAGAAUUAACAACAAGGUGUUUAAGUGGUCAUAUAGACUAAGGAAACAAACAAAAAACUGGUGCUGUAAUAUAGAAAACAUAGUGCAAAAGUCGUUAAAUCGCGUUCUUGUGAUAGAUAAUGUUUAUAGUAAAAGUGAAAGAUAUGAUACUGUUCACUCACUGCAAACUUGCUUAUUUAUUAAAUUCAAGGAAAAAUGGCAAUCAUGUAUUAACUCAGAGACUGGAGUCAGUGGCCGUAACAGUGGCAAUAAACUUAGACAAUAUAUACAGAUUUAUUGA